UCUCCCUCUUCAUAUCGUACUUCCUACCAGAUGCUUAUGGUUCUUGUUGCCAUAAUUCAUGCCGAGCAAGAGGUUAUAGUGGCGAUUGAUGAACCCGGCAAAACUCAAUAUCACGAAGCAAACUUUAACACAAGUUCAUAUCAGUACGGUUACGAGGUAGGACCGAACGGACAAUUUCAUCACGAAACGCGUGGUCCCGAUGGUGUCACUUACGGUUGCUACGGGUACAUCGAUCCCAACGGGCAGCUACGAGUGACACAUUACGUGGCCGAUACACACGGUUACCGGGUGGUUGAACCGAACCGACCCGUCGAAAUAUUUGUCGAUGCUCCCACGCAGUACAGCAGCAAUUCGAUAGCGGAAGACGAACCACAGGAAAGACGGCGGGGUGAGUUGCGUCCGUGGACGGAGCUGUAUCUGCCCAAAGGAUGUGGCAUGUUUCCGGGUGGAAUGCGUCCGGAAGGAUCAGGUGGUAGCACACCGACGACGGCACCAACAAAUCCCAGCACCGGUGGAAGCGGCAGUUCACAAGGAAGUAAUCCACCCAAUCAAGGUCAAGGACAGGGGCAAGGGCAAGGACAAGGGCAAGGGCAAGGACAAGGUCAACAACAAGGACAAGGGCAAGGGCAAGGCCAGGGACAGGGACAAGGACAAGGACAGGGACAGGGACAGCAACAAGGACAAGGACAAGGACAAGGACAAGGCCAGGGACAGGGACAGGGACAAGGACAAGGACAAGGACAAGGACAAGGACAAGGACAAGGACAAGGACAAGGACAAGGACAAGGACAAGGACAAGGACAAGGACAAGGACAAGGACAGGGACAGGGUCAAGGACAGGGACAAGGACAGGGAGAAGGACAGGGACAAGGACAGGGACAAGGACAGGGGCAAGGACAGGGACAAGGGCAAGGGCAAGGACAAGGUCAAGGACAAGGGCAAGGUCAAGGACAAGGGCAAGGGCAAGGGCAAGGGCAGGGUCAGGGGCAAUGGCAAGGACAAGGUCAAGGUCUAGGACAAGGGCAAGGACAAGGGCAAGGACAAUGGCAAGGACAAGGUCAAGGUCAAGGUCUAGGGCAAGGUCAAGGGCAAGGGCAGGUUCAAGGACAGGGUCAGGGACAAUGGCAAGGACAAGGUCAAGGACAAGGGCAGGGUCAAGUUCAAGGCCAGGGACAGGGACAAGGGCAGAAUCAAGGACAAGGGCAAUGGCAAGGCCAGGGACAAGGGCAAGGUCAAGGACAGUUGCAAGGACAAGGACAAGGAUCUAGUUCGGGACAAGGCUUAGGACAAGGGCAAGGUCAAUGGCAGGGACAGGGACAACGUCCGGGACAAGGUCAAGUGCAAGGACAAGGUCAAGGACAAGUACAAGGCCAGGGAGAGCGACCGGGCCAAGGACUAGUUCAAGGACAAGGUCAAGGACAGGUACAAGGCCAAGGAGAGCGACCAGGUCAAGGACAAGCUCAAGGACAAGGGCAAUGGCAGGGCCAAGGAAAUCGCCCCGGCCAAUCUCAAGGACAAGGGCAAGGACAAGUACAAGGUCAAGGUCAAGGCCAAGGCCAAGGCCAAGGCCAGGGACAACGUCCCGGACAAAAUCAAGGUACAGUUCAAGGACAAGGACAGGGUCAGUGGCAAGGGCAACGACCAGGACAAGGACAGGAACACGGUCAGGGACAAGGACAGGGGCAACAACAAGGCCAAGGGCAGGGACAACAGCCGGGACAAGGUCAGGGCCAACAUCAAGGACAACAUCAAGGCUCGCACCAAGGACCCAUAAGCUCUGGACAGCAUCAGGGCCAGCAUCAAGGAAGUCAUCAAGGUGUUAGUAGUGGAGAGCAUCAAGGCCAGCAUCAGGGUUCGCAUCAAGGGCCGAUCAGCUCCGGUCAGCACCAGGGACAGCAUCAAGGAAGUCAUCAAGGUUCUAGUGGAGAGCAUCAAGGUCAACAUCAAGGAUCACAUCAAGGCCCUAUCAGCUCCGGACAGCAUCAGGGCCAGCAUCAAGGAAACCAUCAAGGCAUAAAUAGUGGAGAGCAUCAAGGGCAGCACCAAGGAUCGCACCAAGGUCCAAUCAGUUCCGGGCAGCACCAGGGACAACAUCAAGGAAGUCAUCAAGGUUCUAGUGGAGAACAUCAAGGACAGCACCAAGGCUCGCAUCAAGGCCCUAUCAGCUCCGGACAGCACCAAGGACAGCACCAGGGAAGCCAUCAAGGUAUACACAGCGGCCAGCACCAGGGAGAGCAUCAGCAUCAGCACCAGGGCCCGAUUGUUGACGGCCAGCAUCAAACGAGUCAUCAAGGAAGUCACCAAGGUUUGUCGCAGGGAGAGUUCCAAGGCCAACACCAAGGACAGCAUCAGAAACCGAUCAGCGGCAACAAGGAAGAGCACAACUUACAAGUGCAGGUGUCUUGGGGACAAGGACAAGAAGGCCAAUCUCAAGGACAGCCAGGACAAAAUCAAGGCCAAUCGCAAGGACAACAGGGACAAGGUCAAACCCAAUCUCAAGGCCAGCAGGGUCAAACUCAAGGUCAAUCUCAAGGGCAGCAAGGUCAAUCGCAGGGACAAGUACAACGGCCGCCACAAGGAGUACACAUUGGGAUCGGGUUUAAGCCGGGCAAUGGGGGGCUGCAGACGUCACUGGGCCUGGGUGGACCGCACGGUGGCAUAUCUCUAGGGGCGGGUGUAUCUACUGCCGGCAUUAGCGGCAUGGCAAGCACCUCGCACACCGGACCAAACCAUAACGUAGCGGGCACGAUCGGUGGUUCCGUCGGAUUGACGACUGGUGUUCAGGCAAGUGGAGCAGCAAACGCAUCCGUUUCCGUUCUCGGUACGACGAUCGAUCAUACGCACACGUCCAACGUCACGGUGACAGGAGAGGCCGUCCAUGUGUCGCACGGUGGCCAGAACACGAUCGACUCCCAGCAGGUGUCCGUAGCCGGAACGGUCGGUGUAUCGGUUGGCGUCGAUGCAGGUUUGAUAGAUACCUCCCUUAAUCAUACCGGGCACGUUUCGGUCGGUGGUAUCGACGUAAGUAGCGCCACGGCGGUUGGCGCAGGAAUCGAGGCUAAUCACACAUCGAUCGGAGUAGGUGCACAGCUAACGCACAACGCCAGUAUUUCGAUUCCAACCGUCACACCAGGACCAUCGACUGCACCACCUCCAGAAGAAUUGCAGCCAACCUCAAGCACACCGAUUCCGGGAUCUCCGGGUACUGCCAUUGGAGUGUAUCCACCGACGAAGCCGAUCGAUACCAGCUCUCAGCCUGGCUCAUCCCCAUCCUCAUCCUCGUCCUCGCCCUCGUCACCUUCAUCGCCACCAUCGUCACCCGGGGGUGAUAACUACGCUCCACCACCAAACUAUCAGAUUGCUGUGUCACAAUAUCCGUACUUCUUCGUACCGUAUCCCUACCCACCGCCAAACGUACCCCAGGCACCCUGUAACUGCCCGGCGGAUCAGCAAAAUCAGCAACAACCGGGUCAACAGCAACCGGCCGGCUAUUUGGGCUUCAUACCAGUACUCUACAUCCCGAACUGUCACGCCCAGAAGAGUGGUUUACCGGCGAACUUCAACUGGCCGGCACCACCUCCACCGGAAGGGUUUGGCCAAUCGCUGGACGAACUACCGGCCCAAAGGCUGUUCCAAAAGCCGGACGGAAGCUGGGUGCUACAGCGUGCCCGUAAUCGGUCCCGUCGGCUACGUGGCCGACGACCGGCCGCUCGGCGAUUCCUUACCGAGCAGGAAAUUCCUGGCAAAAAGUAG